ACUACUUUCUUAUUUUUGCUAAUAAGCCUUUGCUCUGGUAUCGAAGUAUGGACCCGGUCCAUGAAUGACAAAUAUGAUGGAUAUGAGCAUCUGCCUAUAUCCUAAUGAACUGACGAUCACUAAUCCCACUCUCAUGUUCUCAAUACCCAUUGUAUGUAUGCGACGCAGAAAACAAUUUCAUCAGCCUAUACUCCUCAAAUAAACACCUUUAUGAGUAUCAAUAAUGAAAAGAAAAAGAUCUUCCGGUCUAAAUCAAAGAGUAAGCACUAAAAAAGAGGGAUUUAAUAUGACGUGACGUAGGUGUUUACCGGAGCCUUUCUAUUGUGUAAAUAAAAAUGCGUCACAUGUUCUUGUGUAUCCUAAAAACAUUCAUCGCAUCUCAUCUGAUCUCAGACCUUCUCCAAUCUCUCUUCACGUAUCACUCAGCCAAAACCAACCACGGUACGAACCUCACUGCCACCAAGAUAAUAUACUACUCACAAACUACAUAUCCUCACAACCAACACAACCAACACAACCAACAAACUUCCCCAUCUAGAUAAUAAUAAAGAAAAAGAAAAGAAAAACAAAAAAGAUGACCACCCUACCCGCCAACGCGGCCAAAACCUACACAUACACCCGAUACCCACCAACGCUCUCCCCCUCCAUCCCGCGCCUAGACACGGGGGAAGACGUUAAAAAGGCUGCGUUCGCAAACCCCGAGACAAUCUUCGACGACACAGUCGACUCCGCCGGCGGCUGGUACCAGAAAGACAUGGACGGGAAGGUGUUGGCCGUUGUAUCGGAUCAGAUGUGCGAGGAUCUGGAUGCGAGACGGGAUCAUGCGGAGGCUUGGGUGAAGGAGAAUGAGAGACGGGAGGCGGCGGGGGAGCCACCUUUGGAGCCGGUAUGCUGGAGGAGGGGGGAUACGGAGAAGCGAGUUUGAUGGUGAUAGGUUUAAGGGGAGGGGUUGAUGUAUUAUUAAUGAAUAUCUACUAUGUGUGGCUUUUUUUCCUUUUUUUUUCUUUUUUGAUAUGAUUAGGUUGGGAUAGAGAGCUCUGUUAUGCUCAAGAUUGGAGUCUCGUAUUGAUUUCCAUGUACUUUGUAGAUGUU